CCGCAAUCAGGAAGUGCUAGUCCCACAACAAGGACGGCUGAACCUGCGUGUUCUCCUGACUUGUCAGAACUGGCAUGACGGGGGCGGCGGUGCUUAGAGCUCUCCGGACCCUGCGCCCCCGGACACUGGCCGCGACCUCAGGCAGGUUACCGGCCCCGGUGGAGUGCGUCCUCCCGCCGGCUUCGUGCGUGUUGUACUCGCCUUGGAGGACCGCUCCUGUCAGGACGCUGCAGCUGUGCUCCGCCUUAUGUGCCGGUCACAACAAGUGGUCAAAGGUGAAGCACAUCAAGGGACCCAAGGAUGAGGCGAGGGGCAAGAUCUUUAUGAAGUUUGCGAUGAUGAUAAAAAUAGCUGUGAAAGAGGGUGGAUCCAACCCAGACCUGAAUAUAAACUUAGCCCACGUACUGGAGCAGUGCAGGAGUAAGAACAUGCCUAAAGCCUCCAUAGAUGCUGCUAUAAAGAGUGCGGAGAAGACUAAACCGGCAUCCCAGCACAUAUUUGGAGCUCGGGGGCCCGGUGGAUGUCUGCUGCUCAUUGAGGUCCUGACUGACAACCACCCACGCAGCCACCAGGAAAUCAAACGCCUGCUUAUCAGGAACAGAGCGGCGCUGUCAGACGGAGCCUGUCACAACUUCAGCAGGAGGGGGGUGGUGGUGGUGCUGGGUCAGAAUGUCUCGACGGAGCGAGCUUUGGAGCUGGCCAUCGAGGCGGGAGCUGAAGAUGUCCAAGAGACCGAGGAUGAGGAGGAGCAGCCCGUCCUGCAGUUUAUUUGUGACAUGACAGACUUGAGGAAAGUGCGAGCCUCACUGGAGGAGCUGGGGAUGCAGAUUACAUCUGCUGGGCUGGACUAUGUUCCCCGCACCCUCUUGUCUCUGGACCAGGAUCAGCUAGAUGCUGCUUCAACGCUGAUAGAAGCCCUCAAUGACUAUCCAGACGUAGUCCGAGUGUGGGACAACAUCCAGACUGACAGCUGAGCAUGAUUCCUGGACACUUGGUGGACACUGAAAAUCUUAUGUGGAAUAUUUGAUUUCACAGAGAAUGAACCUGUACUGCUUGUUAAAAUGUGUCACACUGCUCAUCAUUAUUAUCAGUAAGAAAAUAUGAGUGUAUCAGCCAUUUUGAUGCUCCCUGUGUGGGACUUGGAAGCAAAAUGAACAUGUGGUCCUUGUUAAGAUUUAAAGUGAUAUUUCCUAAUAUUUUUUAUUAUCAGAGUGAAGUUCAUUAAGUGCCAGACUCAAGCAAAUAGGAGCCAUGCCUUUUUACAAACUAGCUUCUUAAGUUUGCAUUUAUUUUGUUGGUAGACGCUGUAGGAACACGAUUUGCAAAGUAGGUCUUUAAAGUUGGUUAAAAAGUACUAUCAUUCAUUGGAUCAAGGAGAAAUUAAAUGUUCUAUCAAAGUGAAAUGCCACUUUUAUUAGUAGUGGAAGGAAGCAAUGUUUAUAAAGGAUCAAUUUAAAAUACAUCGUCAUAUAAAGAUCCAUACAAAUGGGGAUAUAAGUAUUCAACACGUCAACAUUUUUUUUUUCAGUAAACAUAUUUCCAAUGCAGCUACUGGCAUUAAAUUUAUACCAGACAUUGAUACUAGUGCAAUAAAACUAUACUGAUAAAAAAAUCACAACACAAUCCAUUAAAAAGUUAUGUGCAAUUAAGUGGAAUGAGACAGGAAAUGUACUGAACAUUCUAAUCAAAAUGCAUUUAGUAAUUGAAGGAGAAGCUUUUGUUUGCAAUGCCAGCUUUUAAGAUGCUUCCUGUAUGAAGAAAUUAAUAUCUUACCGUGUUCUGAUGGGAUUUUGGUCCCGUCUUCCACACAGUCUUUAAAUCUAGAAGAUUCUAGGGAGGACCGCUAGUGAUUCUUGAUCUUCAGCUUUUUCCACAAACGUCCCAUCAGGUUUAAGUCUGGUGAUUGACUGGGUCAUUCAAACACCUUUAUUAGCAUCCUCUGGAACCAGUUAAGAGUCUCUUUUGUCAUCUUAUCCUCACUGUCCUGGUGGAUGGCAACAGAUUCUUCGCAAGAAUUUUCCGAUACAUGGCUUCAUCUUUACAUUGGUAAUUUGGAUUCUGCUGGUGCCAUGACAAGAGAAACUCCAAAACUCUAAACUGCAACUUAUUCAAUACAACACAGAGUAUACCUGACACAAUAUAAACCACACAAAAUGGGACUUACAGACAGUGACACAUCAAACACCGCUGAUGAUUACUUUUCAUGCUGCCUGGCUUUGCCCCCCAUUCAAACAUUUUGGACACAACACACAAAACAUCCUCAACCAUCUGCCACAGCAUUCCAGUCUCUCCCUCUGUAUGUCUGCUAAGUGAUCUCUUACCAGUUUAACUGCCACUGAAACAUUAACAACCCGUACUGGUUGCCCUAACAAUCGCUAAAAAGACAAUUUUACUGAAUUAGAAAGACAGAAACAACCUUUCAACAUUCCAGUGGCAUUAUCUACUCUCUCAGUACAUUUCAAUAGAAAGACAAAUACCUUUAAAAAAACAACUAAACUAAUUCAUGUCACAGAUGUUGGGCUCCAUUUAUUAACAUCACCUAUCUACCCUUGUAGCAUAUACAUACACACUGUGUUAAUUUUGCACCAAAAAAAAGCUUCUCCAAUUAUUAACUACACUUCAGCUGACAUGUUCAAUACUUUUUUCCUGUGUCACUCCACUUUGUUGCGCACAACUUUUUUAAUGGAUUAAAAUGUUAUGACUUCUUUAUCUUCUCCUUCUGUGUUCUAAUCUUUGCAAAUAUUCUUUCCAUUUCAGAGAUUUAAAUAUUGAUAAAAGCGUCUUCUACUUUACUGAAAAGUCCAUUCUCAGUGUAUGUGCACUGGAGGAUGGAGCAAGUUUUUACAUCACAGUAGGUCACAUAUUGGAUUGUGACUGGCUUACAAACUAGAUAUGAUGUCAUACACACACGUCUCAAUGUGGGAUUUUAGAUUUAAAGGUAUACUAUAAAGGAAUUGUUUCUAUUUGUUAACAGGAUCACUAGUGAAAGUGAAAGCCAAUAAUAAUACUACUCACAUCACUGACUGACCGCCACUCAAUCUUCAACAGCUUCAUACUAAAUACCGGUCAUUAAUUACUUUUCUUUGUCUCACUUUCUGAAUUGACAGUGUGGGUAGAGGAGGUAGUGUGACAUCCAGUAGGGUAUUUCACUAUUAAUUGAUUUUAUUGCUCUGAAAGUUGAUCUUGGUCACAAUAAUACCCUCAUAGUCGUAGGUGUCUACAGAUACCCAUCAAACCCAGCUGAGGCCUUGGUUUAUUUGGCCGAUCUGCUGUGACUUUUUUUAUAGUCUGAGAAGGUCAUCUUGGGUGACCUCAGCCUUGAUUGGUUAUCAUCUGUAUCAAACAAGACCAAAGAUAUUUUAAUGGUAUGAGUCUGACACAAUUCAUUUUUGAACCCACAUGAUCACAUCCUCAUGAUAUCACGCCUAAUUGAUGUUAUUCUCUGUAAUAAAACUGAUAAAUACA